AUGGGCCCUUUGGAAUGGGUUGGAAACUCUCAACAGCUUCCGUCAGUCGCAAAACCAGUAAAGGCUCCCCGAUACGACGACCGGAAUCAGUCUGAUGUCUACAUGCUCUUUGGCGCUGAGGAUCUUGUUCCCAUUGUUGCGGCAGAUGGCUCCGUACAUGAGGAUAUCAAUGCUGUGCCUGGUUAUGCCAUUCGUCGCUACAGACCUCGAGUAGAAGGUGGAUUCUCCCAGAUUGAGCAAUGGACCAACAUUUCUGACAGGACUGACGUUCACUGGCGGCAGUUGUCUGGAAAUAAUGUCCUGACAACAUACGGUCUGGACUCCAAUUCUCGGAUCAGCAAUCCAGAGGAGCCUGGACAGAUUUAUGAAUGGCUGAUAUGCAACUCGCGCGACUGCAAAGGCAACGUGGUCCACUAUACCUACAAGCCAGAGGACGGCGUUGGAGCAGAUGUGGCGCUCGCACAUCAGCACAAUCGUGGACCUGGCACUGAUCCUCGACGGACCAGCAACAGAUAUCUGAAGUCUGUUGUUUAUGGAAACACCAUUCCGCUGCUGGACGGUAGUGGUAAUCGUCCGCUAUUCCUCUCCACCGUACAAAUGGACAGUGCGGGCUGGAUGUUCGAAGUAGUAUUGGAUUAUGGAGAACAUGACACCAACAACCCAACUCCAGGGGAUACCAAUCCAUGGCACUACCGUCUAGAUUCCUUCUCAAACUACCGACCAGGCUUCGAAGUGCGGACCAGCCGCGUUUGUCAACGAUUUCUCAUGUUCCAUCAUUUCCCCGAGGAAGUAGCAGUAGGAAAGGAUUAUCUGGUGCGCUCCGUCGAAUUUGGCUAUACUCAUGGCGAUAGCGCAGAUCUUGCCUCCAUUUUCACCUACCUUACUUCCGUACAGCAAAGUGGCUAUCGGAAAGGACCGCAAGGACAAUACAUUCGAAAGCUUCUGCCACCUCUUGAGUUCACCUACUCUAAAGCGCAUCUUGACGAUGAAUUAAAAGAUAUCGAUCCCGCUUUCCUGAGAGAUUUGCCGGCUGGCUUGGCAACGAGCAAAACCCAGUGGAUUGAUCUGCAUGGAGAAAGCAUCUCUGGGAUGCUGACCGCUGAUGAACAGGCGUGGUACUACAAGAAAAACACGAGUCCAUUGUAUGAGACCGUCUCACAAGGCAGGAAGGUCACAAAACCGCGAUUCGAACAUAAUCAACAGAUCCGGUCCAUGCCCAACGGGGCUCUCCGACCUCAAAAGGCGCAAUUCGCUGACAUUACGGGCACCGGACGGCUAGCCAUCAUCUGUGAGGACGAUGGCCUGAUUGGCUGCUAUGAGCAUGAUGAUGCUGAAUCCUGGCUUCCAUUUCGCUCCUUCAACCAGUCCAUCAAUGGGGCGUCCUAUUUCAACUCUAAUAUAAAACUAGUAGAUCUUAAUGGGGAUGGGCUGACUGACAUCUUGGCUCCUGAACUCGGUCAAUGGUUUGCCUCCUUGGGAGCCGAUGGAUUCGGCCUCCCACAUGCUUUCACCAAUGCCGUUGAUGAAGAGACAGGGCCGAGUCUGUUGUACACUGAUGAUAUGCAGACAGUCCGGCUGGCAGAUUUCUCGGGAGAUGGUAUGCCAGAUAUUGUGCGCUUGCGCAAUGGAGAAGUAUGUUACUGGCCGAACCUUGGGCACGGCAGAUUUGGUGCGAAAAUCUUGAUGGACCACUCUCCCAUAUUCGAUGCAAGUGACACUUUUGAUGCAAGGCAUAUCAUCCUGGCCGACAUUGACGGUUCAGGUACGACCGAUCUGAUUUACCCACACCGGGAUGGAGCCAAAAUAUACUUCAACCAGUGCGGCAAUGGGUGGAGCACUCCACGGCUCUUGGAGACGGUCCCAACAUUUGAUAGCGUCGGCACAUUUACAGCGAUUGAUCUUCUGGGGAACGGCACGUCUUGCCUCGUGAUUUCUUCACCUCUACCGAAUGCAUGCUCUAUGCAGUAUAUCGAGCUCAUGGGUGGCAUCAAGCCCCAUCUGUUGACCAAAAUUGACAACAACUUGGGCUCUGUGACUGAGAUCUUCUACGAAUCGUCUACAAAGUUCUACCUCCAGGAUAAAUACGGGGGCCAUCCUUGGGUAUCAAAGCUUGCGUUUCCUGUUCAUGUGGUUGAAUCCGUGCAAACGUUUGAUCGGAUUAGCCAAAAUUCAUUUCGGACACGGUACGCCUAUCACCAUGGCUUUUAUGACGCCGAAGAUCGGGAAUUCCGCGGCUUCGGCAUGGUCGAGCAGUGGGAUGUCGAAGGGAUAUCCGCCAUAGCAGACCCAAAAGUCAGAGGUAGUGCUAAUCAAGCUGCUCCAUGGGCAAUCCCACCAAUCUACACCAAAACAUGGUUUCACCAGGGUGCUUCCUACGAACAAGGAACGAUAUCAAGGAGGUAUGAGCAAGAGUAUUAUCGAGAGCCUGGCCAGAAUGAAGCAACGGCACAAAAGUGGCUGCUCCCAGACACUGUAUUGCCCCUUGACAUCUCCGCGGCAGAUAUCCACGAUGCCUGCCGUGCUCUCAAGGGAAAGAUGUUGAGGCAAGAGACUUACGCUAUUGACGUUUUUGCCAAACCUGCUGAGGGGCCGCCAACAUCGUCAGCGCCUUUCACUGUGGUUGAGUCAAACUUUACGUUGCAAAUCAUUCAGUCCAAACAAAGCAAUCACAGUGCUGUGGCACUGGCAAGCGGGCGCGAGACGUUGACCAUUACGUAUGAGAGACAUUUGUCUGACCCCAGGAUCAAGCAUGCAAUGAUUCUGGAGACCAAUUCCUUUGGGCAGAUCCUGAAAGAACUUUCUAUCACAUAUGGCCGUAUUCAGUCCGACUCCAGUUUCCCAACAUCCUGGGAUAGAGACAUGCAGAGUCAAUCGUUUUUGACCUACAUUGAGAACACUCCCACGAAUGCCAUCGAAGACCCGCAUGUGUAUCCAAAUAAUUUUCGCCUCCCAAAUUUCUGCGAGACGCGCAAGUAUGAAUUGACAGGGUUUGACAUCCAAGCCAGGAACGGACCAGCCAUGCUCAAAGACUGGACAGCCGAUGAUUUCGCUGUCAUCAAUUCUGCUGUCAAGAUUGGAUUUGAAGUCACUCCAACUCCCAACGUCAAACAGAAACGGCUUCUUAAGCAUGAUAGAACACUUCUACGCAAGGAUGACUUGAGCGGUCUUUUGCCACUGACCAAAAUGGAGCCGAGAGCUCUGGCCGGGAAGACGUAUAAGCUAGCAUUCACCUCGCAGAUGGUCAACCUGCACUUGCAGAAAGAUGGUGUCCCACUGCUAAGCAGUCCUGAGUCUCUGCUUAGUGGGGAGACGCCUAGUGAGGGAGGAUAUGUUAGUGGAGGGAGUCUCUCCUCUUCCGGGCUCUUCCCGAGUGAAGAGGGUAACGGUACCAUAGGUACUUGGUGGGCACCAUCCGGCCAGCUGUUCUUCGCAUCCAGCAAUGAUCCUGCCCAGGAGCUUGAUUCUGCCCGACAAACCUUCUUUCUGCCUCGUCGUGUUCAGAACCAAUUCAAGGCUGAAAGUACCGUGACUUAUGACAAAUACAACUAUCUCGUCCUAGAGACAACAGACCUUGUCGGCAAUCGAACGACAGUCGGUGAAAGAGACGCCAGUGGAAGAUUGCUGUCGAGUGGCAUCGACUAUCGUGUAUUGCAGCCAUUUUUAAUCACUGACAUCAAUGGCAACCGCUCACAAGUAGAGUUUGAUGCUCUUGGUAUGGUGACAGCCACUGCUGUCAAAGGGAAAGUCGGAGAAUCUUUGGGCGAUAAUAUAGCUGGAUUAGAUGCAGAUCUACCAGAGGAUACCUUGCUUGACCAUAUAAGAAACCCGACUGCGGCCGAGUCUUCCCAGAGAAUCUGUCGCGAGUACAAGAACACCGUAGAUUGGGCUGCUCUGGACCCCAUAAUCCCAAAGCACAACACUGACCGGUUCGAUCCCGCGGCUCUCGAAGGUGUCCUGUCCACUCUCGUCGAAGAUGAGAAUUUCAAAGUCAGCUCGACGCAUGAUGCUAUGAAUCGCCUCCUCACUUCUGUGCUCCCACACAGUACCCCAGACAACAUCAGCACUGUUCGGCCCGGAUACGACCUGCUGAGUCUAGUCCGCAUCGACUACAAUCUUCAUGGCAAGGUCGAUGGAGAUCAGCCGGUCUGGACGCCCUUUCUCAAGGACGUGGACUAUCAUCCGACGGGGCAGCGCAGAUUUGUCCUGCUUGGAAACGAUGUUCGGACGGAUUACAAGUACGACAUCGACCGCAAACUCAUCCAAAUGACGACGCAGCGGGGAGGCAGCGCGGCAGAUACCGUACAGGAUAUCAAGUACACCUACGAUGCGAUUCACAACAUUACCAAUAUCGUGGAUGCAGCCCAGCAGACGAAAUUUUUCCGCAAUGUGGUGGUCAAGCCAAUCAAUGAUUAUACAUAUGAUGCACUGUACCGGCUACUCGAAGCAACUGGCAGAGAGCACCUCGGCCAAGCUGACCAGCCGUUUUGGUACUCCAAUUCAGAUAGUGCCCGAUUCGGGCCCCAGCCUGGAGAUGGAAAUGCAAUGGCUAGAUACACGGAGCAAUACAGCUACGAUGAUGCGGGCAACAUGCUGAAGAUGAAGCACGACAGCAGCAACACCCAACAGGGUUCUAGAUCUAGCAGCUGGACAAGGACGUUUGACUAUCGUGAAAAGGGCAGCAUAGAUUCCACUCAGACCGGCAACAGAUUGAGCAGCACUAGCGUUGGGAACGCGACGGAGAAUUAUGGAUAUGACAACCAUGGAAACAUGGUGAGGAUCCCGCAAAUCGGCGGCAGUGCCAAUGUCGACAAUGCGCAGUGGGACUACAUUGACAAGUUAAAGUCCCUCAACCUUGGUGGCGGAGGCACCGCUUACUUUACCUAUGGCAGCGAUGGCAAGAGGGUCCGCAAGGUCAUUGAAAAGGGUCCCAACCUGGUAGAAGAGCGCUUGUACCUGGGUAGCGCGGAGCUCUUCCGCAGAAAGAAGAGCGGCGGGAUCGUGCUUGAGCGGGAAACAAUCCAUGCCAUGGACAACCAACGCCGCGUUGCCCUCAUUGAGACUCGCACAAUAGACACUGAGGGAACAGACCGCGCCCCAGGCCAACUGAUCCGAUAUCAGGUCUCCACCCACCUGGAUUCGUCCAGUAUCGAACUCGAUGAUACAGCCCAGCUUCUUUCCUUUGAAGAGUACUCGCCGUAUGGAAACACUACGUAUCAGGGCACUGCUUCCACAUUGGAGACACCCAAGCGAUAUCGAUUCACGGGCAAAGAGCGCGAUGAAGAAAGUGGAUUGUCGUACCACGGAGCGCGGUACUAUGCUCCCUGGCUUGCUCGCUGGAUAAGUCAAGACGCUCUAGGAAUAGGUGAUGGACUGAACACCUACGUUUAUUGUCAUGACGAUCCGGUGGGCGGCAAGGAUCCCACUGGCAUGGACGAUACGCCGAGCUUCGCCUCAUUCGACCCACUGAUGAGCGAGAUCUCCGACAGUGACUUCAAGUUCGAAUCCAUCACUCCACAGCCGGCGCCGUUGACACCGCUGGCGACACCCAUGACCAAAGCGCAGGCGGAUGCGCAUUCCUCCGUGCAGAGAUCCAAAUACCGCGCUAAUCCCACGCCAGAAACGCCCUACUUGGAGACAAAAUCUGUGCCUCCAUGGAAGGGCGCCAAAGUGCAGGCAGGCCACACGGUGCCGGCCCGGUAUGCGACCGACGGUCUCUCGCCAGCCGACUGGGACAAGCAGACGAUGCAGCGGUUGGAAAGCCGGAGCUACGAUGUCGCCAUCAUGGACCAGUCGGGCGAAAUUGACAUCACGACCCGGCACCGCGCCCAGGACUUCACCAUGAUUGACGACGCAGUCGCGGACGCGCAAAAGGCGCAAAAGGCUGCCACAGGGGUUAGCGCCCUGCCGCCCGAGGGCUCCAUGCACAUGGGCGACUACCAAAUCUGGCGCUCUGAGAACAUCCCGCUGGACGAGGGCAAGGUUGAGUUCAUCAAGAGCAUGGGCGAAGCGCCCAUUGACCACACCAUCACGACGGAGAUGAAGCUGGCCGCGGCCGAGGGCGACUUGUUCGUGAAGGCUUCCAAGGCCAGCAAACUCGGCAAGGGCGCGAAAGCACUCAAGUUGCUGGGCAAGGCGGGCAGGCACUUUGUCGCUGCGCUGCCGGUGCUAGGCAUGGUCAUGGGCCACGCCAGCGCAGCGCAUGCUGCCGCAAACGGGGACCUCCAGGGCGCAGCGCUGGACGAGGCCGGCUUCAUUCCUGUGGCAGGCGACUUGCUGGACGCGGGCCGUGGUGGGCUCGCGCUGGGAGAGGCGCUGGACGAAGGAUUAGGUAUCAGCGACGUGGCCGUCGAGCAUGGCGCGGUCGCGGACAAGCUGGCGCAGGACAUGGGCUUCAGCAGGGAGACGUCCAUGUACAUUGGCGCGGGCACGUCGGCGCUGAGCGCCAUCACAGUGUCGCCGGGAAUAGCACUGCACAAGACGGCGACAGAGUAUGCUGACAAGGCGGCCGACAAGCUUAUCAAAUGGUGGAACUCGGACUGA